AUGGAAGAUUCCGCGGCCGUGGCCGCAUCAUUCCAGUUGUCAGAGUUGGAUUUCAGCCUCAUCACCGAAGGAAGGGUAAACGUGCGUUUGUGCAGAUGCCAGAUCGGAUGGCCCUCAGUCCACUCGCACCCGUUUCAGGCUUCUCUCCAAGACAUGCUUGUGGCUGUCUCGCUCCUCGCCAUCUCGCUGUCUAUUCUCAUAUACCACCAUCCGCCGUCGACAUGGCGGGCCUUGCUAUCCCCAGCAGAAGGGCCCGCGCGCGUCAUAGAGGCCGAGCAGAUGUCGCAGAAUGGCGGCCCAGUUCAAUCGGUCUCAGCUAGACAGGAAAGAACCGAGCCUCAAGCUUACACAGAUCGCGAAACAGAAGAGACGUCAACAUCUUCAUCGUCGCCGCAGACAACGCCAAAGGCAGUUCCGAGCGCCCCUCUGGACAGCGUCGCCAUUCCCACCUUCGCACUCGUAGCAAAUGAAAGCUCCGAUGAAGAUGAAGGAGAUCUGCCUCCCCCCUCCUUUCCAGCGGCCAACUCUGCGCAGCGAACUUCUGUCCAAUCCUCCCUCAUGCCAUCCCCUCCGACACCCGCGUCCAUGGCCCCACCCCCAAGUCCCGCGGCCUCCUCGCUCAUGGCACCUCCUCCACGAAUCGUGCCCUCAAAUCUACGCGCCCUUCCCACAUUCUCUGAACCCUUGCGUAUGCCGACCACUGGGCCUCUCCCGAACCGCGGUCCAGCUCCAAACCGGGCCCCAUCAGUUUCGAAUGGUGGCCUCACCCCCUCAGUGAAGACUACAAACGCAAGAGGCAAAGUGCUUCUUUCUCCUGGUCACUCUCCACUCGACUGGGCGAGUCUGCAGCGUUCGGGGAAGAAUCUGUCGGGUGUUCCUUCUCUUAUCCGCGUCACGCCCUCGCAGCUGAAGUACAACAACGGGAGGAAAGAGAAGCCUGCAUGGUCGAGUUAUCAGGGUAAGGUGUACAACAUCACACCCUACCUACCCUUCCAUCCCGGAGGUGAAGGCGAGUUGAGGAGGGCGGCAGGAAAGGACGGUACAAAGCUAUUCAUGGAAGUACAUCCUUGGGUGAAUUGGGAGAACAUGCUAGGCGAAUGCGUAGUAGGAGUCAUGGUUAGCGAGGAACAAGCACAAUCCAUCGCUGGAGGCAGCUUGGAAGAUAUGGAUUGAUAAUGUUUGAUACCCAAUAGAUCUCCGGCAUUGGUACCGGCGUUACGAAUAGACCCUGAAGUAUAUCUCUUCUCUAGAGGAAUAACCACAACAGUACAACGCAAAUGCUCGGUUGCCUUUGCAGCGAGUGUAUUUUGAAGUUUGAGAAACUGAUUAGAAAACACCUACCGCCAACUACUCGAGGCCAAGGAAGUCACGGGGGCGGUCUUUCCCUUCCAGCCUAAAUGCAAUAUACAGCAAUUUGGCAGACGCAGCCCAAUCUCAGCCUCCCACCACGUGG